CGCAGUGACACUAUAAAUGCUAGCAGAGCAGAACGGAUGUGUCUGACAUUAAAGACUCGAUUGACAGCUCGUAAACCUCCUGAUUUAAGCUCGACAUGGGAAAAGGCUGUAAAGUGGUGGUGUGUGGACAGGCAGCGGUGGGAAAGACUGCCAUCCUGGAGCAGCUGCUGUACGGAAACCACUCUGUAGGCUCUGAGUCCAGUGAGACGCAGGAGGAUGUGUACGUGGCGUCGGUGGAGACGGACCGCGGUGUGAAGGAGCAGCUGAGGCUUUACGACACCAAAGGUCUGCACGACGGACAGGAUCUCCCCAAACACUACUACUCUGUGGCGGACGGGUUCGUGCUCGUCUACAGCGUGGACAGCGUGGAGUCCUUCAAGAAGGUGGACGUCCUGAAGAAGGAGAUAGACAAGUCCAGAGAUAAGAAAGAGGUGACGGUCAUCGUUCUCGGGAAUAAGACGGACCUUCGGGAGCGUCGCCAGGUGGAGCCGGAGGCGGCGCAGCAGUGGGCUCGAGGCGAGAAGGUGAAGCUGUGGGAGGUGAGCGUCACCGAGCGAAACUCCCUCAUCGAACCGUUCACGCAGCUCACCAGCCGGCUCACGCAGCCGCAGAGCAAAUCCACCUUCCCUCUGCCCGGGCGCAAGAGCAAAGGAACGCCGUCCAACGACAUCUGACAGCCAAAAACCCUGGAACGAGUCAGCAUCUUACCACUUCCUGUCCUCUCUUUUAAUGGUUUUCUGAAUGUGUUUUGGCCUGAAAUAAGAUCUGUGGUUAACACAAACUGAACAUAUUUUGAUUCUACUAUAUAAAAUCAGUCAGUUAAUACUCCUAGCCUCCUUGAGCUUAGCGGUGUUGACGUGAAGUCAUGUGACCCUGCUGUAGUUCCUUUAUAGCCCAACAUUAGCUACCUUUAGCUUAGCGGUGGUGACCUGAUCCUGCCGAACAAAACGUGUAAGAAUCAUAAAAGUUUGUUUGCCACAGAGAUUAUUUUCCGCAAUAAUCCAAGAUCACAUGGAGAAAUCCCAUUGGUUCAGGGAGAUGCUGCCUUCAGGGUCAACCUAAAAAUAAUAUGACAUCCCUACACCACUCUAUAAGCAGCAUAACACACAUUAAGUCAGCUAUACUACAUAAUUGUAGGGGAAAACAUUUGAAGAAGAAUGCUAAUCAUCUUUCCUACUGAGAACCCAAGUCUGUAUGAUUGAUAUAAGAAGCUAUCAUAGUCAGUGUAUUACCUCCACUAGAUGCAGUUUGUAGAAACAGACAGGAGUACCAGAAGGAAGCUAAGCUAUGUAUUGUUGUGGACAUAUUUUAGACACAUAAAAACACCAUUAUGUUUACGCUGUAUUUAGAAUAUUAGCAUCCCUUUACUUUGCUGGCAGUUGGCCCUUUUCGAUGAGGAACUGUAGCCGAUAUCUCCUCUCUUCAAAGCCAUUGACGAAACUGUAAUUUUACACAAAUAGACUAAUCAAUCUGAGCAACGGUAGAAAGUGAAUCCUGUAUUCUCCUGUGUGUUUACUAAUCCCAUGAGGAUGCAUGUUGUAUUUCUUUGUUUACAGCAAACCAAACAGACAGAAGUGUCACCUGUAGCUUCAUCAGUGUUUUUCAUUGAAGGUGGAAAACUAUCUUUAGCACUUUAGUACCAAAGAUUUGACGCAACUCAAACACAGAUCUUGUGGAUUUACCUUUUAUAAUAACCUCUUAUGUUUACUUACCAUUUCAACUGAACUGUAUAAUAUAGGUUUUGUCCACUCUAUUCAAAGUUGAAUGAUAGUUUAAGUUGUUCUUUGAGUUUUAUCUUUGAGACAAUGCCCGUAUAUUUUAAAGAGUCAGUGGUUGCUGAAAUUGUCUUUACUUAUCCCAAGAGAUCCCAAUCUAGGAGCUCAGUCUGUAGGCAUUUGGAAACCCAAAGGUCGCCUGUACUAGUGCCAUUUCCUAAAGAUCGAUACUCCACUUUAUUAGUAUAACUAAGCCUCUUAUUACAUUUGGUGAUUGUAUUUUAGCACCAUCUGCAAUCUCUUUAUAUCCUAUCCUAACACUAAACGGUGUGCUGUACAUGUGACUCAAAAAGACUGAUUCAAAUCCUCUAUUAACAAAAACAAAAAUACUGUCCGCUUACCCCUCCUGUUGUCUUCGGGUCAAAUCUGACCGAUUUACUACUUUCAUCAAUCAUAACUUUUUUGUUUUACAUUCGAUUGCAUUAAGGCUUUAU